AAGUCACAGGAGGAGGGGAGAGGGAGGGAUCGAGUGAGCAGGCAGCAGCACCAGCUCCAGCUUGUCCAAACUUGUUCUGCAUCAGGCCCUGCCAGCCUCUCCCUGCGGACACAGAAGAACAGCCCUAGUCCCGCAAGCUCCCAGGUAGUUCCCGCAGCAGCCUGAUUGUUACCUGAAGGGAGCCAUGGCCCCAAAACGCAAGGCAGCUACCAAGGCUCAAGCAGUAACCAAGGGCAAGAAGGUGAAGCCAGAGCCAGAGCCAGAAGUGGACAGCUUCCACUCCACUGUGGAGGCACUGAAGAGAGCACCCAAGGAGAAGCUUAAAGCCAAAAUUGACUCUGCCUGUCAUCUGAGCAGUGCCAGUGAUGCCCAGAUUCACGAGGAUUACGAGUGCACGCUGAACCAAACCAACAUUGGGCACAACAACAACAAGUUCUACAUCAUCCAGCUUAUUGAACAGAAUGGCGCCUACAGCUGCUGGACCCACUGGGGCCGUGUGGGAGAGCCAGGCCAGUCCAAGCUCACCAGCUUCCCUUCCCUGGAAACAGCCAAGACGGACUUUGAGAAGAAGUUUAGGGAGAAGACCAAGAACAGCUGGGCCGAACGGGAAAACUUUGUGGCCCACGCUGGCAAGUACACGCUGAUCGAGGUGCAGCCUGGGGAUGAGGAGGGGGAAGUGUCUGUGAAGGUAGACAGUGUGGAUGGAGAGAAGAGUUGCUUGCAGAAGACACUGCCCUGUACUCUGAACAAGGCCACCCAGGAGCUGAUGUCCCUCAUCUUUAGCAACAACAUGUUCAAAGAAGCCAUGCAGACCAUGAACCUAGAUGUGAAGAAGAUGCCACUGGGGAAGCUGAGCAAGCAGCAGAUUGCCAAGGGCUUUGAGGCCCUGGAGGCCAUUGAGAAGGCCCUGCAGAAACCGUCCCAGCCUUACAGGCAGCUGGAGGAGCUGUCUUCCCACUUCUACACCAUCAUUCCCCACAACUUUGGGCGGGCCCGACCCCCUUCCAUCAACACACAGGAGGUCCUCCAGGCCAAGAAGGACAUGCUGCUGGUGCUGGCAGACAUUGAGCUGGCUCAGAGCCUGCAGGCACAGAAGAAGGAGGAGGAGAAAGAGCAGGUGAAGGUUGAAGUGCCGCAUCCACUGGAUAAGGACUAUGCACUCCUCAAAUGUGAGCUCUCCCUGCUGGCACCGACAUCCAAGGACUACCAGGUGAUCCAAACCUAUGUCGAGAAGACUGGUUGCACCUACCACAACCUCAAGAUCCUGAACAUCUGGAAGGUGGACCGGGAGGGGGAGGUGAGAGACUUUUCAGCCUAUGAGAGCCUGGAGAACCGGCGCCUGCUAUGGCAUGGCACCAAUGUGGCUGUCAUCGUUGCCAUCCUGAAGAGUGGUCUGCGCAUCAUGCCACACUCAGGCGGCCGCGUGGGCAAGGGGCUCUACUUUGCUUCAGAGAACAGCAAAUCGGCAGUAUACGUGCGCUGUACUUCCAAGCAGAUUGGGAUCAUGUUCCUGAAUGAGGUAGCCCUGGGCAAGGAGUAUCGCAUCACGCAGGAUGACUCCUCGCUGCGCAAGCCUCCCGCCAACUACAACAGCGUGAUCGCCUGUGGCAGGACUGAGCCAGACCCUGCUUAUGACCAGGAACUGAUCAUAGAUGGGAAGAAGGUGCUGGUGUCCCAGGGGCCACCCAUCACCAUGCCCCAAUACCAGGACUCCUCCUUCUCCCAGAGCGAAUACCUGAUCUACCAGGAGAGCCAGUGUCGCAUCCGCUACCUUGUCCAGCUCCACUUCUGAGUGGCUUCCCAGGGGCUGGGACCACCUGGAGCACCGUGGGCAGGAACCUUCCUCACUGGCAUUGACGGCGCUGAUGUCCCUGGCAGCAAGAGCACAUUGCCAGUGCCCGUUGCCUGCUGGCUCCAAUGGGUCCUGCUGACCUGGGUGAAGGGUGUGCUGGUGUGUGCUGCAUGAUGUGCCCCAAAAGGGGGGAAUCACAGCUCUGGGAGAUCACAGCUCUGGUGCCUGAGCCAGGUAAAAUCUGAGGAGCAACGGUGGGCCCUGGGCUGGGAGCCGAUGCCCUCAGGACUUUUGUUACUAUAAAUAAAAGUCUAUGCCAUUGCA